AGACAGUACAAAACUACAAAAGAAAGAGAAAAUAAAAUAAAAUAAAAUAAGAGGGAGAAAUUAAAACACUGAACAUGGUAGAAUGAUCUCAAACACAGACCCUGCAGAACCAGCCACCGCGGCCAUCGGAGCCGGCGUCGGCGCCACCGAAGCAAAAUCCUCCGCUUCUUCCAAUGAAGAUAAGCCAGCACCGCCGGCAACACCAAACAUUGUGAUGUCCUCCAGGGAUCACGAUUCUCUCUUCAGCGGUGGCGGCAUCAGCUUUCUCUCUGGAGGUCGAAAUGGAAGGUUCAGCUAUGGAUAUUCCAGUUUCAAGGGUAAAAGGUCUUCAAUGGAGGAUUUCUUUGAGACCAGAAUAUCAGAGGUUGAUGGUCAGAUGGUUGCCUUUUUUGGUGUUUUUGAUGGUCAUGGAGGUUCCCGGACUGCAGAAUACCUGAAAAAUAAUCUGUUUAAGAAUUUGAGUAGCCAUCCUGACUUUAUCAAAGACACAAAGACCGCUAUUGUUGAAGCAUUUAAACAGACAGAUGUUGAUUACCUCAAUGAGGAAAAGGGGCAUCAUAGGGAUGCUGGGUCCACUGCAUCAACAGCUGUAUUGUUGGGGGAGCGAAUUCUUGUUGCUAAUGUUGGUGAUUCCAGAGUAGUUGCAUGUAGAGCUGGUUCAGCUGUUCCUUUGUCUAUUGAUCACAAACCUGAUAGAUCUGAUGAACGCCAACGGAUUGAACAGGCUGGGGGAUUCAUAAUUUGGGCAGGAACAUGGAGGGUUGGUGGUGUUCUUGCUGUUUCCCGUGCAUUUGGAGACAAACUUCUUAAGCCAUAUGUUGUUGCUGACCCAGAAAUUCAGGAGGAAGAAAUUGAUGGUGUAGAUUUUAUAAUAAUCGCUAGCGACGGUUUGUGGAAUGUCAUAUCAAACCAGGAAGCCGUGUCUAUAGUACAAAAUAUCACAGAUGCAGAAGUGGCAUCCAGAGAACUUAUUAAAGAAGCUUAUGCACGAGGAAGCUCAGACAACAUCACUUGUGUUGUUGUUCGAUUUGAUUUAUCCUGAUGUGGCUCUAUGCUUUAGGUAUCUGUCAUUUAUAACAACUGAAAUCCUGAGCAUAGAAAUCACCAAAUGGGUGUGAAGGCUUAACUUUAUUGUCAAGUGAAUUACUUCUAUUAAUUACUUUCAUCAUGAUAUUGCAGCUUUCUAAAUUA